AAAAAAAAAAAAGGGACUCACCACCGAACGACAGGCCCAGGACAGUCAUGCCAGGAUUCGUACUGCCUCCCCUGGCAGACUCUGCAGAUCACUUUGGUCCCUCGAGUUCAGCGCUACCGACCAAGUUUGCAGACAUACCUUUCCAGUCCUACUCAAAAUCGGACAGGGUAGGCACCAUUGUCGAAUGGGCAAAUGCAGCUAGCGCACCUGCCGCAUACCAAGGAGGGGGCUACGAUCGAUCUAAUGCCGGCUCGCGCAGACAGAGAGAAGCGUAUGGUGACACGAGCGGGAUGGGUUCAUACAAGGAAUACCAGAACGACGAGGACGAGGCAUCUUUUUCACUCGUCGACGGCGGUGCGAGUGCGAGAGCCAAGGCGACCGCUGGCCAACAAGGCGGCAACUCUUUCGCCGGCGGUGCUCGUGGCGGAUUCAGAGGGCGAGGUGGCUAUAGACCUUACAGAGGUGGCGCUGCGGUAGGUGGACGAGGGGGUUAUCCUGCCAACGCGACCGGUCGAGGCGGCUAUCAGCAGAGGGGAGGAUUCAGAGGCGGCAUGAGAGGCGGCAGUCGAGGGGGAUGGGUCAACGGGCGCUGGGAGCAGCAACGCACGCGCGAGUCGUCCGUUCACAUCGGCCAAGACUGGAUCGUCCUCGAGGAAAUCGAAUUUGCUCGCUUGUCGAAGCUCAGGCUGGACGUCGACACGAGCGAUGCCGACACGCUCUCGAGCUAUGGCGCGGUGUAUGAAUACGACAAGCAGUAUGAUCGCAUCAAUACAAAGAACGAGCGUCCCUUGCAACCGACUGUACGGGUGCGAUACAAUCCAUCGGCGUCCGAGGAUCCGGUCCUGCAAGAGAUUGCAAACAGCAACAGAGCCCAAGUCUUUGCAACCGAUACCGUCUUGUCGAUGCUGAUGUGCUCCACUCGCUCGCUCUACCCUUGGGAUCUCAUUCUGGUCCGCAAAGAGGACAAGCUCUUCCUUGACAAACGCGAACAAGGGCCUCUAGACUAUCUCACCGUCAACGAGAAUGCGUCUGAUCCGCCAAUGGAGAAUGAGCGAGACGGCGGCAUCAACACCCCAGCGGCUCUAGCACAGGAGGCGACUUUCCUGAACGACAACUUUGCAUCGCAAGUCGUCAAGGAGGACGAAGCUUCUCGCGUCGACAUGGAUCAUCCCAACCCGUUCCAUAACCCAGACGAGCCAGAACCGUUAGCUUCGUGUGGCUACCGCUACCGCAAAUUCGAUCUCAGCGUGACCGAGAACGAAGACAUCCAGCUCGUUGUGCGUACAGAGGUUGACACGAUCCUCAAGGCGUCAGGAACAGAAGGCGACCAAUACAUCAAUACGCGUACGUUGUUCGAAUUCGAUAGCAGAGCACAGGGCGCCGGAGGUGCGCCCGACUGGCGAAGCAAGCUUGAUGCGCAACGCGGCGCUGUCAUUGCGACGGAGAUGAAGAACAACAGCUGCAAGCUUGCUCGAUGGGCUGUGCAGUCCAUCCUCGCAGGCGCAGAGCAGAUCAAGAUGGGUUACGUCGCUCGCGGCAACCCAAAAGAUCCGAAUCGUCACGUUAUCUUAGGAAGCCAAUGGUUCAAGUCCAAAGAUUUUGCUGCCCAGCUCAACGUCAACGUCGCCAAUGGGUGGGGUAUCGUACGUACCGUCGUCGAUCUCUGUCUGAAGCAGAACGAGGGCAAGUAUGUUUUGCUCAAGGAUCCGAACAAGCCUGUCAUCCGGCUCUACUCUGUUCCACUGGACGCCUUUGAGCAGACUGAGAACAUCGAAGACAUUGGCGAGGAGUCUGCCCAUGACGAUGAUGACUACUAGUAAUCAUGUUCAUGAACAUUGCAUUGUCCCCCAGUUUGACCGCGCGAUUUCU